UAUAUUUUAGACCUAACGCUAAGGUCCUACUAGCCGCAUAAACUAAAAACUUAAUCGGUGUUCUCUCGUGUUAUUCGAAAUUGUGUUUGUGGCCGACGAACAACAAACAAAUUGUUAACAAGUGACGAUUUUUCCGUGUUCCGUGCGUGCGUCAUUCCAGCUGAGCCACUGAGUUUCGCUUAUAGGCGGGUAGAAAACGGCAUCACCAAUCGAUAAUCGAAAGAACCGUUCCGAGUUAAAAGAAAGUGGAAACUGAAAGUCAAUUGAAUCUCUGUUCCUGCGUCUCCGUUUUGCAAAAUCGUUAAAACUGCCGCUCACAAACAUUCGCUGCGAUGGCCACCUCAUCGAUACUCGCCAAAAGCACAAUUAACAACACUUCGCCACCGGCCACGCCCAGCUCCAGCGCCUCCACAUUGACCACCCGGAAGCGGACCUACGAGACAGCCAUUGCCAUGCCGUCGUCCACCGCCUCCUCUACCUCCACAAAGGGAUUAGAAGUCCAGGAUCAGCGCACAAAUAGCCCCAGCCUGACCGCGGGAAAAUCAAAAUCCAAGAAUGUCCAGCUGGAGAGCGCCCUGGUGGUCAGCGAGGGAGCCAGUGAGCCCACCACCACGGCCACCACUCUGCGGGACAGCACGCGCACCAUCUCACAGAGCGACGCCGAUGACGGAGGCGAGGCAGCAGCCGCCGAGGACUCUCUGCCCACCAUCUCCGCUGGUUUCACGUCGGAUUACCUCAGCGGCGUCAAGCGCAAGUACGUGCCGCAGCAGCAGCAGACCUCACCGGCUACCCUGGUGGUCCCUGCACCCACCUCGCAGCAAUUCUUUAAUGGCAGCAGCGCCUCCGAUUUUGCGACCAUUUGUAAGCCGGCGCCCUUCUCCCACGACGAGGAGGCCAUGCUGGAGCGGGAGAGAUGUGACUACACUAAACGGAUCACUUACCAGAUGGCCCGCUCGGGACAAACGAACCGUAGGGUGAGGGUCUACGCCGAUGGCAUCUACGAUCUGUUCCACCAGGGCCAUGCCCGCCAAUUAAUGCAGGCCAAGAACAUCUUUCCCAACGUGUACUUAAUCGUGGGUGUGUGCAACGAUGAGUUGACCCAUCGCAUGAAGGGACGCACCGUCAUGAAUGGCUUUGAGCGUUACGAAGGAGUGCGUCACUGUCGCUAUGUGGAUGAGAUUGUCCAGAAUGCCCCAUGGACGCUGUCGGAAGAGUUUAUCGCCGACAACAAAAUUGAUUUUGUGGCCCACGACGACAUUCCCUAUGGAACCGAUGGAAUGGACGACAUCUAUGCUCCGCUGAAGGCGCGCGGUAUGUUUGUGGCCACGGAGCGAACGGAGGGCGUGUCCACCUCAGACAUUGUGGCCCGUAUCGUAAAGGAUUACGAUCUGUAUGUGCGUCGUAAUCUGGCCAGAGGCUACUCGGCCAAGGAACUGAACGUUUCGUUCCUUUCCGAGAAGAAGUUCCGGCUGCAGAACAAGAUGGACGAGUUGAAGUCGAGCGGCAAGCGAGAGCUGAGCAAGGUGAAGGUGAACAUCAUCACCAAGUGGGAGGAGAAGUCGCGCGAGUUCAUCGACACGUUCCUGCUGCUGUUCGGACGUGACAACCUGAACCAUUUGUGGAACGAGUCGAAGGGCAAGUUGCUGCAGGCACUCAGUCCGCCGGGCAGCCCGUCGGGAUCGGUGAAUGGGGACGAUACGGAGGGUGGCGAGGACUAUAGCGAAUCUAUUGACGAGUACUUGGAAAGGGCCGAGAAGCUGAGCGAGGGCAGCGGAAGCAGCGGCUCCCUGAACGGCAAACAGACACCGAAGCAGAAGAGAUCCUCGCUGGCCCGCCGAAGUUAUCAAAGCCUCCAGAGCCGAUCACCAGACCUAGACGGGGAUGGGGACGAGCAGCCGGAGUAAGAGCGACGCAUCAAUUGAUUCUAGUGCGGGACAUCCCGACUUUUUCUUCUACUCUUACUGUUUUGAUGCUAUUGUAAAUUGACUUGUUUGCAACUAGUUCGACGGCACACUCUAGAUGCCCUGGGAUCGCCUCGCAGGCUCCCCGAACCCACUUCUAUUUACUCUAGCCCUAAGUGGUACUGUAAUCCCUAGUUUUAGUUGGCACUCGUUCUCCUCCUUCUUCUUCCACACCACCUUCCCAUUUUCACAUUUGAGAAUCGAGGAAAUCCUGUAGCUAAUUCAGCUGUGUGUGGGACAAGCAACCAACGCAGAAAAGACUCAAUUUUGUAUUAGGCACUCGGCGGAAAGUGCACGAAAUCGGCGGCAACGGUAGUUCGAGGUGCCGAAAAUAUCUAGAAAUAUUUAUAUUAAAUUAUUUCGCAUAACAUUAAACUAAGUUAACAACUCUACACAACAACAAGAACACCAACCAAUAUAGAAAAACCAAACAAAUCGCAUUCGGAUAAUACAAAAAAACAAAAAACAGUUGGCAAUAGCGGAAUUAUUGCAAAUGCUUUGUUAAAUAUUUUUUGAAAAAUAAACAUUGAAUCGAAAGAAAAGAAAA